UAGGACAUUUAAACAAAUACAAAUAAUUAUUAUCGGUCAUUAGGAAAAAAAUAAAUAAUAUCGGACAAUCUCUGUUGUAUAUGGUGCACUAGUUUGCAUGUUAAACACAAAAAUGUUGGGUAGCCCUUCAAAUAACGGAGGCAUUAGGAUGCUGGCCCCCCCUGCACCCAAUGAUGACAGGCGGGUUGAGUUUGUGGCUCUCGCAGCUGUUCACACUGAAAGAAGCGAGCCGUCGAGCCCGGAGCGCGGACACCCAUCUCACCGCACCGGCUUACUGGGCACACCGCUGCCAGUGCCACCGGGCCCAAGGGCGACCCCUUCUGCCUCCAGCAAAAGCUACAGAAAGUUACAGAACUACCUGUACAAUGUGCUCGAGAGACCCAGAGGAUGGGCAUUUAUCUAUCAUGCCUUCAUUUUUCUCCUAGUGUUCAGCUGUCUGGUGCUUUCUGUUUUCUCCACCAUUCCAGACCAUCAUAAAUUUGCCAACGAGGCACUCUUCAUCCUGGAGUUUGUGAUGAUCGUGGUUUUUGGGCUGGAGUACUUUGUGAGGAUCUGGGCAGCCGGAUGCUGCUGCCGGUACAGGGGAUGGCAGGGUCGACUACGGUUCGCCCGAAAGCCCUUCUGUGUCAUAGACUUCAUUGUCUUGGUGGCAUCACUGGCAGUGAUAGCAGCGGGCACACAGGGAAAUAUCUUCGCCACAUCUGCUCUGCGCAGCAUGCGGUUUCUGCAGAUCUUGCGCAUGGUGCGCAUGGACCGCCGGGGAGGAACCUGGAAGCUACUGGGCUCUGUGGUCUACGCUCACAGCAAGGAGCUGAUCACAGCCUGGUACAUUGGCUUCCUGGUGCUGAUCUUUGCCUCGUUCUUGGUCUAUUUGGCUGAGAAGGAGGAUAACCAAGAAUUUUCCACUUAUGCUGACUCCCUCUGGUGGGGAACAAUCACCCUCACUACGAUCGGAUACGGAGACAAGACACCACGCACCUGGCAAGGUCGGCUUUUAGCGGCUUGUUUUGCCCUGCUAGGAGUAUCUUUCUUUGCCCUGCCAGCUGGCAUCCUGGGCUCAGGUUUUGCUCUCAAAGUGCAGGAGCAGCACCGGCAGAAACACUUUGAGAAGAGAAGGACACCCGCUGCCAACCUCAUACAGGCUGCAUGGCGUCUCUACUCUACAGAUGCUCAGCACUCAUAUCUCACAGCCACCUGGUAUUUCUAUGACAGUAUGCUGCCGUCCUUCAGAGAACUGACAUUACUGUUCAGUCACCUCCAACGGCAGCGUAGCACCAAGAAGGUUCUUCACAACUCCUACCACACCCUGCUGUCGGGGCUCCGGCCGUAUAGCUCCCCCUACCUGUCUGGGGACAGUGGGAAGAUUGGCUUCCGUGACCGAAUUAGGAUGAACAAUUCACGCUCCUCUCAGGCUAUCCGGAGCAAGGCUUCUCCUUUGCCCCCAGGUAAUGUGCGGCGCUCUCCCAGCACGGAGAACAUUCCAGAAGCCACCAGCCCCGGCAAGGUCCAGAAAAGCUGGAGCUUCAAUGAUCGGACUCGAUUCCGUACUUCUCUCCGCCUAAAACCACGUCCAGCUGCAGAUGUUGAGGGAGUCGGAGAAGAGCACACAGAGGACAAAUCUUACUGUGAUGUCGCCAUGGAUGAUGUGAUACCAGCAGUGAAAACCCUAAUUCGAGCUGUUAGGAUCCUUAAAUUCCUUGUGGCCAAGAGGAAAUUUAAAGAAACCCUGCGACCAUAUGAUGUAAAAGAUGUGAUUGAGCAGUAUUCAGCAGGACACCUCGAUAUGCUGGGCAGAAUCAAAAGCCUGCAGACAAGGGUGGAUCAGAUCAUAGGCCGUGGUGCUAUUCCAUCAGAUAAAAAAGUGAGGCCUGAAAAAGGGGAGAAAACUCCUCCUGAACUGGAACAGAUGGAUGAAUUAAGCAUGAUGGGACGUGUGGUGAAAGUGGAAAAGCAGGUGCAAUCAAUCGAAAACAAGCUGGACCUGCUCUUGAACUUCUACUCCCAGUGCCUGAAAAAGGGCUCAUCCCACUUCACUCUGUCAUCCCUGCUGGAACCUGACUUGACCUCUGACUACCACAGUCCCACUGAUCAAUGCGACCUGUUCCCCUCUGCAAACACCCUUAACAUCUCCCACUCAGACAGUGGUAACAUGGAAUGACCCCCAGAAACACAGGGCAGCAGUCCUACUCUGACUGUAGCAUCAGGGCAACUCAUCCAAAGGCUAAAUACCUCCCUAAACUAACCUAGCACAGUUCCUCUAAACAACUGCUGUUUCCUUGCAUGGGUUCAUCCUUUGCAUAGAGGAUGGUGGCUUCUUGUCAAACUUCCAGACUUUUCCUUGCAGACUAUGCCCUGAUGUUUCACAAUAUCUGUUUUUUUUUACAUGCCUGUAGUAACAGUCUUUCUUCUUUUUAUUUUAUUUCAACUGAUUCAGGAAAGUUUUAGAGAAAUAUUCUCACAUGGAUGAAUAUAUUAUGAAGGUUUUGUUGAACAUUUGGACUUAUUCCAGUAGAUGUCAGAGUCUUAUCUGAAGUGGUCUUCCGAAAUAUGAGGGGACGAAUCUCUUGAAUGCUUGAUGGUAAUUCUUUCUGGAAGUCUCUGUGCCAAUAUCGUUUCUUGCUUUUAUUGAAUUUUUGAUAAUCAAUAGGCCCCAAGAGCAAUUCUAUUUUUCUGUCAUUUUUUUCUAAUAAGUCAGGGCAUUGUGAACUGAAUUUGAUUUUUGGACUCUCCUUCUCGGCCUUGGCCUUACACUUUGGCCUGAUGCAAUAGACUCCUUGUGCCACAAGACGUCGUUGAGCUUCUAAUGAAUGUACUGCAUCAAGUACUUUUUCUUUAUUUAUCACUAACAUGUCCUUCAAUGAAAACGGCAUCACAGAUUGCUGUAAAGAACAGCAUGAUGGACUGACAGAACAUGUUUCACCAAAGCAUCAUCUCCUGUCAUUUUGAUCUUGCAUGGUUCUUCUUGAGACUUCAGGAAGGAAGGAACUUUCAAAUGUUAAACCCUCAGGUUUCUUUCCCACAUCGCAGAGUCUAUUAGGCUUAUUGGGUCCUUCUCUUCUGCGAUAGCACCCUGCCACUGUAUCAUUGCUCAGAAGCCCACCGUGCAAAAAAAAAAAAAAUUCAAAUAAAAA